AUGGGUUCGAACACUAUCGUCGAGCCAACCAUGAAAACGGUCCUGAUUACGGGCUGCAGCUCCGGCGGCAUAGGUUAUGCCCUGGCAGAGGCUUUCGCCGACGUGGGCUAUCAUGUAUUUGCCACGGCUCGCGACUUAUCCAAAGCCAAAGAUCUGACCAAACACUCUUCGGGAAAUAUUCAACUCCUCCAGUUGGACGUCAGCUCGUCCGAGUCAAUCAAGGCCUGCGUCACCGCCGUGGACUCAGCAACAGAGGGCCGAGGGCUCGAUGUCUUGGUCAACAAUGCCGGCGGCGUCCACACAAUGCCCCUUCUCGACGUGGAUUUAGACAAGGCCCGCCAGACAUAUGAAGUAAAUGUUUGGGGUGUGUUGGCGUUGGCGCAGGGGUUCGCCGGCUUGCUCAUCAAGACGGGUGGUGUGCUGAUGAACAUUGCGUCCAUUGCUGCUGGUGUCGUCAUGCCUUGGGGCGGCAUCUACAACAGCUCCAAGGCAGCCGUCGCCAAUCUGUCCGAGACACUACGCCUCGAGAUGGCUCCCUUGGGCGUGCGUGUCAUAACGGCCAUGGUGGGCGUAGUCGGCACAAAGAUUUUCCUGAAUACCGGGAACUUUGCCCUUCCCCCUGGGUCCCGAUACAAGUCAGUCGAGGAGCAGAUCGCCAAGCAGGCGCGAGGGGAGGACCUUUUUGGUCACAUGGAUAUUGAUACGGUUGCCAAAAGACUGGUCUCUGAUGUUGUUGCUGGGAGGAGCGGGAAGGUCUGGCGUGGGGGUCUGGCAACUGCAACGGGGUAUUUAUCCUGGUUGAUGCCUACGUGGGCAUCAGAUUGGAUGGGGAACUCGAGGAGCGGAUUGUAUAACCUAAAGAAGCCAUAG